ACCGCUUCCCCCCACCCCCGCACAUAUUCAAACCACGCCCCCUUCGCCAUUGCCCUCUCCCUUCCAGUCCAUCCACGAUUCCAAUCCUCCCCGACCCCAAACGAGACCAGCCGCUAAUCCACAAGUUAGAGACGAUGGCGUUAUCACUCAUCACCAGAUUGCUAACCCUGGCUCUGGGGUACGCGUACCCGGCGUACGCUUGCUACAAGAUGCUGGAAGUACACCCGCCGCAGAUCGAGCAAUUGCUUUUCUGGUGCCAGUACUGGAUUCUCAUGGCGACGCUGACGGUCGUCGAGAGGUUCGCGGACUGGAUAGUGUCGUGGCUGCCGAUGUACGGUGAGGCGAAGCUGCUGCUCGUCCUCUACCUCUGGCACCCCGGCACACGGGGUGCGGGGCACGUGUACGAUGGCCUCCUCCGUCCGCUGGUGGCGAGGCACGAGCACGACAUCGACCGGGGCCUGCUGGAGCUGAGGGCCAGGGCGAGGGACGUGACGGCGUCUCAACUCAAGGCGGCGGCUGCCGUCGCUCAGGCGUGGCUCGUCGAGGCUGCCCGGUGUGUUUCGUCGCAGCUGCAGGCCGCGAGAUCAGACCGGGCAUGCGCCGCUCAUUGACGAGUAGGUAGCUGCUUGCCAGCCACAACACUGUCUGUCGCAGUCGAUGUUUAUACUCUGAAAAGAUGCUGUACUUAAGAAUACUUGUCGUGGUUUUAUUUCAAAUUUAAACUAAAACCAUGAUAAAUAUUUUAAAAUGGAGGGAGUAAAAAUUAUACAUGAGUUGCCGCUACAAUGCAGGAAACUGUCGAUGUUGAUAGGCUUUCUCAUCCCACGGAGACCUAGCCGCCGUCAAUCUUCUCCAAGCCUCUCACCACCGCUGGACGGCUUCGCCGGACAAGGCCCCUCAGUGCUAGUGGCAGCGGGGAGGAUCUUCCCACAGGGGAGUUCAAUCAGUGGUGAAACCAGCCUAGAAAAUUAGUGGGGUCAAUUUUCUGAAUUUUUUCGUCACAAUGUACAAAAGUUGUAAAGUGGUUUAGGCAGUUUUUCUGAAAAGCUGUGGGGUCAGCGGACCCCACGGCCCACACAUAGAAACACUACUGAGUUCAAUGCGGCGGGGUUGGCCAAUUGCGAUGCAUUGGUGCUGAUAGCGGUGGCGGAUGUGCGUCGCCAGUCGGGGAGCGGUGGCCUUGUGCCGGCAGUGCCCAAAGGUCUCUGGAGACAGGGCCCUAGAAAUUUUUUUGAGCAAAAGAGAGGCUUUCCCUCUCCAAUUUCAUAUAAAGGAAUC